GACUCACUUUCCCCCAAGCAUUCAGGAGACCAGAUCCAGUUCAGAUUCCUAUAAAUGGAGCGCGCCUAUAGCUCGCUUUACAUACAGAAACCCAAAUCCUAAAUCAACUUGUUUCAACUAUUUUCACUAGCAAUCAUGAAUUCCAUCUUUAGUUCCUUCGAUGCACUGUGCGGUGAAUUAUUGGGCCAAGCUAUCAGAUUCAGGUCCUCUGAUUUUGCUUCUGCAACUACGCAUGAUUUGAUCAAGAAGCCGCAGCAAAGCUCAUCUUUACCGUCGACAGAGGACAGCAAACGGGAGCAACCACCAAGCAAGGCUCCAAGGUUUGCACCGGAGCUUGAUGGGUUAAACUGUUUCGAGACCAUCGUUAACUAUUGAUUCUUGAUGAGUUGAUUGUGUUAUUGGGACUAUAAUACUUGUACAAAAUCAAUAUUAUUAUAAUGGAAUUCUUUCAUUGAUGAAUUA